UGUUACCGAUACAUAAGUCGUUCCCUGCAUUAAUUUAUACUGUGGGCUGGCGGCAAUGCGUAUGCUUUUACUAUACUGGGACACGCGCAAAUAACGCGCCUUAUUUGGUAAUGUUCGCGGUCCUCGAUCGUGAUUGGCGCUCGCAGUCGCUAUAGUCCGUUGAUAGCAUCACGCGUUCCCGCUUCCCGCGCCCGCUCUCAAGUCAGUCUGUGUCGUCGUUCGUCUUGUAACAGUCGUGUGUGCUAAGAUAAAUGUUCCGUGAUUGUAAAGUGUCAAGGCUCCUCAUUGUACGAUAAUAAACGCUGUUGUACCUACCUAAGUCCACUAAUCUUUCAUUUCUAACAUCUGGUCCAUUCGAGUCGGACAGUUAAUAUUAAAGUGCAACCGCGUCGCGUUCCGCGUGCCUCAGUCAGGACACCUACCAGUGAACUCGUUUUAUCACAAUGGUGGGAACAAGAAGCACGGCGAGGGAACCACUCGAGGAGCCAUCGUCCAUCACGGAGUCACCCCGACCUAUAGUCACUAGCAGCGGCACUCAAGAUGAAACGCUGCACGACACGGCCGCAGCACUGCCGCCCGGUGGCACUUCGGCACCCGUCGCUCCCGUCACAACUGCGUCCAAUGGGUCGCACGCCACCACGACGGCGGGAGUACCACAGCCAAACGACACCAGCCAGCCGUUGAGAGACCUAACGGCGGCUUUAUUAGAGGUAGUUCGCGGGGUUCGCCCCGCACCCGCGACUCACAGAUGCCUUGGCAAACGGACAUGGAAUCACAGAUGCAAAGGGAAGAAGUGCGAAGCGCAAGGCUGCGAGUACUACCACCACAAGCUGCUGCACGACGACGCAGCGCAGCCAAUGAAGAGUGACAACGGCGUGGCGGCACCACGACAGCGAACGCAAAGCAACAGAGCCGGAGGUCAAGCGACUGUCUUCGAGUCGUGUAGCAACGCGACUACAGCAGCGGCGGGAGCACUGCGUUCGGUGCAAACCUACCUCAAAGUUUUACCAGUUCAAUUAUCGGGACCACAUGGUGAGAUAGAUACUUAUGCCUUAUUAGAUGACGGGUCCACCAUUACAUUGCUGACAUCAAGUCUGGCAGACAAGAUUGGUGUCGCUGGGCCAGCAGCACCUUUUGUCAUAGAGGCCAUAGCAGGAGCGCACAUCGACGCUGUUAGCUCCCAGCGAGUAAAGUUCUCCAUUAAAGGUAAGUACACAAAUAAUAAAAUUAAUAUCGAGGCACGUACCAUAGAUAGUUUGAACAUUUCCCCCCAGUCUGUGCCAACCGAAGCCCUAGCUCAUUGUGAACAUCUACAAGACAUUAGUGACCAACUUGUCUAUGCAACAGCGGAACCACUUAUACUAAUAGGACAAGACAAUUGGUCCCUGCUCAUUGCAUCUGAGGUACGACGUGGUAAGCUAGAACAGCCAGUGGCGUCGCACACACCUCUCGGCUGGGUGUUACACGGACAAAAAAGAGUAUGUCCCUACGGUCGCGGUGGCUACAUGCUGCAAGAGCGUUUUCAUUGCAGCCAUGCACAUACGAAAGACGAAGCCCUUGAACAAUUAAUAAAGGAGCACUACGAUUUGGAGUCAUUGGGAGUAGAGCCGCGCCGACCUCAAGCUGACCCUGAAAUCCGCGCAUUGCAAAUAUUGCAGAAAACAACCAAAGCGCUAACCGAGGGUGGCUAUGAAACAGGUCUACUAUGGAAAGAAGAAGGUAAGCCUUUCCCUAAUAAUUAUCAGGCUGUGCUCGGUAGAUUACAGGGCGUAGAAAAACGACUUAAGAAAAAUCCAGCGUUGAGUCAGAAAUACAAAGAACAAAUGCAUUCUCUGUUUGAAAAUAAAUACGCCGAACUCGCCCCGACAGCGCCCCCUGUUGGCAACACCUGGUAUCUGCCUCAUUUUCCGGUAGUGAACCCCUCAAAACCCGGUAAAGUUCGUAUAGUUAAAGAUGCAGCCGCACGUACCGAUGGUGUUUGCCUUAAUGAUUAUUUAUUAACUGGCCCCGAUCUGUUACAAUCUUUACUAGGUGUCCUUAUGCGGUUUAGACAGAAACCAGUUGCAGUAGCCGCUGACAUAAAGGACAUGUUCCUCCGCAUAAAAAUAAGAGUGAGCGAUAGAGACGCUUUACGUUUUCUAUGGCGUGACGAGACAGACCACGCACCCAUGGAGUACAGAAUGACAUCUCUUCUCUUCGGUGCCACUUCGUCACCUAGCACUGCAAUCUAUGUGAAGAACCAUAAUGCUCUGUUACAUCAAGAAGAAUUUCCCGAAGCUGUAGAUCCUAUAAUAAACAAUCACUAUAUGGAUGACUAUUUACAGAGUUUUGACACCGCGGCUGAGGCGAACCGUGUGGCUCAGGCAGUGGAUGCUGUACACCGUCGAGGCAACUUCGUGCUGCAGAAGUGGGCAUCGAAUGACAGCAACGCCAUCGCCGGUCUCGCAGUAGAGCCCAUGACUCCUAAUGUCAACAUCAACGAAGAAGAAAAAAUAUUGGGGCUCGUUUGGCGAAUAGCCGACGACACCCUGGGUUUUAAUUUAUCUAAAUUUUCCUUCAACAAUAGUAUUACUAAACGUCAAUUGUUGAAAGAAGUUAUGUCUCUCUAUGAUCCUUUAGGCCUUGUAACGCCAAUUACCAUCCAAGGCAAACAAAUAUUACAAGAGGCUUGGCGCAGUAACGUUGGGUGGGAUGACCCCUUACCAUUUAAAUUAGAACAAGUUUGGCAGACUUGGUUAAUUUCUUUACAAGGUUUAAAGGAUGUAGCACUACCCCGAUGUUACCCAUUAUUUAGUUCAGCAGAGACACUUGAGCUGCACGUUUUUGUUGACGCGAGCGAAGUCGCCUACGCCGCUGCGGCUUAUUGGCGGUCAGUAAACGACAAAGGCGAGGUACAGGUCUCGCUCGCGGCAGCAAAGGCACGUGUGGCCCCCAUUAAGAUUGUUUCUAUACCUAGACUUGAAUUACAGGCAGCUGUUCUGGGUGGUCGGCUGGCGCACGCCGUCGAGCUUCAUCACUCGCGUCGCCCGGAUCGUCGCGUGCUGUGGACUGACUCGCGCACCGUGUUGUCGUGGCUGCGCGCGGGCUCGCGUUCAUUCAAACCCUUCGUAGCGCACCGCGUGGCCGAACUGGAAGAGACCACAACGACCUCGGAGUGGAGAUGGGUGCCCACAGCUGACAACGUCGCCGACGACGCUACUCGUCGCGUACAGACCGACUUCACAGCUGCACAUCGUUGGUUUCGAGGCCCGGAAUUUCUAUACAAAGAAGAAAAACUCUGGCCGCACGACAAGGACCCGCUCCAUUCCACAGAAACUGGCGAAGAACGUGUGGCUGCGACCACCAUUCGCCCGCAACUCAAAGAUGCCCUACCCGAUGUGUCGAGAUUCUCAUCCUGGAUCCAUCUAAUCAGAUCAACCGCACGCAUACUGCAAUUCAUCGAUCGCUGCAAAACCCACACCGUCACCGCCAUGCGUAGAAAACGCACUCGCUGCACUCCAUCUGAGGACCCUGACUGGACAGGCGUCCAACCCUGGUCAUCCCGCGCUAGCGCAAGAACGACUCCACAGCGCAACCACAGCAAUGCUAGCGCCUCCCGCACCUACGUGCCCCUCGCAGCCUUUUACACGCGCCGCGCUGAACUCAUAUGGACACGCGCCCUUCAGGAAGACUGCUUUUCGUCGGAGCUACGUGACAUCACCGGCGGGAGGAGACUAUCUACUGACAGUCGCCUUCGACAUCUAUCCUUGACUAUGGACCAAAAUGGCGUAAUGAGGUUACGCUCUCGAACUGCCGCCGCGACUGAUAUCAACGAGGAAACUCUGUCCCCAGCAGUGUUAGACGGAGACCACGCCUACAGUCGACUGUAUAUAAACUGGAUCCACCGAAAGUUACAUCAUAGCGGCGUCGAAUGCGUUACAAAUGAGAUACGCCAAAGAUUUUGGAUGCUACGCAUUAGACCCACAGUAAGAGCAGUCAUCAGACGAUGCCAGCCCUGCAGACUGCGCCGUGCCACGCCUCCUGAACCGCUGACGGGGAACCUGCCACCGUGUCGCCUCACCCAUCAUCAGCGUCCAUUCACACAAACAGGAUUGGAUUAUUUCGGGCCGCUUUCAGUCACCAUAGCGAGACACCAUGAGAAGCGCUACGUUGCCUUAUUUACCUGCUUGACGACAAGGGCAGUUCAUUUAGAAAUAGCGUCGUCACUCUCUGCUGAUGCUGCUGUGCUCGCACUACGUCGUAUGAUGGCUAGACGUGGUUGCCCCGACACUGUAUGGAGUGACAAUGGUUCUAACUUCCACGGAGCUGAUGCUGAACUACGAAAGGCAGCCCUAACCUCUAUGAAACAAGAAGCGGACAUUCGACAAAUAAACUGGCAUUACAUUCCUCCAGGUGCACCGUUCAUGGGCGGAGCUUGGGAACGGUUAGUGCGUUCAGUUAAAACCGCACUGACGGCUACAUUGCACGAACGUCACCCUCACGAAGACGUCCUCCACACUCUACUUACCGAAGUCGAACAUACGAUUAAUUCUCGACCACUGUCACACGUGUCGGUCGCACCGGAAGACGACACCGCCUUAACCCCUAACCACUUCCUAUUAGGGGGUCCUUCAAAGGUUCCAUUACCGGGCGCAUUUACCAAGGUAGACGAGCUUGGACGGUCGCAUUGGAAAGCUGCUCAACGAUUGGCUGAUCUAUUCUGGCAGCGCUGGGUGCGGGAAGUCCUACCUCUCCUUCAUCAUCGGCGGGAGCCGCAUGGUCACGGCGAGGCGGUAAAAGUAGGCGAUGUGGUCGUCAUAGUGGACUCCACGUUACCACGAAACGUAUGGCCGAAGGGAAGGGUGGAGCAGGUCUAUCCAGGCGCGGACGGAGUAAUACGAGUCGUAGACGUCAAAACUAAGAAUGGCCUAAUGCGUCGCCCGACUAAGCGUUUAGUUAUAUUGCCAGUAGAAUGUUAAGCUGCGUUGUUUGUAUAAUUCUCCAAAAGUCAGAUUUGUAAUUCAUUUAGUCUAUAACUUCAAUGUAAUAAUUCAAGUUAUCAUUGAACUUUAUUAGUUAUAUUCAUAAUUUGUUUAAUCUGCCUAUAACUAUACUAGUUGUUGAACUGUAAUAGUUGUUGUAUACAUGACGCGUUUUGUCGUGGGCUUGUCACGACAUAGUAACUCAAAUUAUUCCUUACAAUCGAUAAGCUUAUAUUACGGUACAGCGCGUCAUUGUAUUCAUUGGAAAUUAUGUUCCUGUGUAAGUCAUUGUAUUCAUUGGAAUUAUGUUCCUGUGUAAGUCAUUGUAUUCAUUGGAAUUAUGUUCCUGUGUAAGUCAUUGUAUUCAUUGGAAUUAUGUUCCUGUGUAAGUCAUUGUAUUCAUUGGAAUUAUGUUCCUGUGUAAGUCAUUGUAUUCAUUGGAAUUAUGUUCCUGUGUAAGUCAUUGUAUUCAUUGGAAUUAUGUUCCUGUGUAAAUAAUUUUAUUCAUUGAAAUUAUGUUCAUGUGUAAAUCAUUGUGUUCGUUAGAAUACUUAUAUGUUUUGUGUACGUCAUUGUAAAUGUUAGCAUUUAUUGUAUAUUUCCUUGUACACCGAGCUAUAACUUGUACCAGUUAGCUAAGUAAGGACCACUCAAGUAUUAACUUGUCAUCAACGGGAUUACAUGUAUCGGUAGCUGAAUACUGCCUAUAUGUUUACUGCGUUCACACGGCGGGAGGAUGUUACCGAUACAUAAGUCGUUCCCUGCAUUAAUUUAUACUGUGGGCUGGCGGCAAUGCGUAUGCUUUUACUAUACUGGGACACGCGCAAAUAACGCGCCUUAUUUGGUAAUGUUCGCGGUCCUCGAUCGUGAUUGGCGCUCGCAGUCGCUAUAGUCCGUUGAUAGCAUCACGCGUUCCCGCUUCCCGCGCCCGCUCUCAAGUCAGUCUGUGUCGUCGUUCGUCUUGUAACAGUCGUGUGUGCUAAGAUAAAUGUUCCGUGAUUGUAAAGUGUCAAGGCUCCUCAUUGUACGAUAAUAAACGCUGUUGUACCUACCUAA